UGCUUGUUGUUUGUUUCCAGUUUCCAAAUAAAAGUCAAAUCGUUUGUUAAUGCUUGGCAUAUCCCGACAUUUAAAACGAACCCUAGGCAAAUUAUUCAGAAACUGCAGCAGUAGCAAAAUGGACAACAUAUGCUGUGAUCUUGGAGAUUUCUGGCCAAAUCCAGAAACCGGCAAAUUUCCGCUUCUCAGUGAUUUUGCAAAGGAACAUUUGGAAAAGUGCACGGAGCUGACAAAGCCGACCACCAAGGCAGAUGCUGUGGAUUUGGACAAGUUCAUGGAAAUAUCCGAGAAGUUUCCCGCUAAGUUUGGCACAGAUAACUGUAGGGUGAAGUCUCAGCCCAAGGAGCGCCGUCAGCGGAUACGUGAGCAGAUUGCAUCCGCCUAUCCGAUUAUACACGAGUUCACGCUCUUUCUGUACUUGAACUUUCUGGAGCACAAGCAAAAGUUCGGCAAUUCCAAGGAACUGAGUGUCUACAAAAACCUAACGAUUUCUGAGUUUGUGCAGCGUUUGCUCGACAAGCGCUGUGUAUACUUCUUCGGUGGCAACGACGAUUACAAGCUCUUGGACGGCAGUGGAGGAUAUGAAGGCUUCGAGCAGAUUGGCACCGAUGAGGAGAAGGCGCCUCUUUUGCUGCAGAAUGUGCUCAGCUAUGAUGAGAUAAAGCUGGCAGCCUUGCUCUACGUCUCAACGCACUCGGAGUUCAUUAACAACGGGACACGGUCCAAUGCGGGCGUUGUGGAGCAGGACAAGUCCAAGAUUGAAGUUGAGGGCGUCAUUAUGGGUCUUAUUGGUGCACGUUUCGAGCGGGAUCAUGUCAUGGAGUGCGAGGACAUUUUAAUUACAAAAGAGCAAAACACUAAAGCUCAUGGUUAUGGAUCUAAUGGCAGUUCUACUGUCGCUUCCAGCCGUGUCCAGGACUAUCGACGCAUUUGGCGUGAGUUCUAUCAGGAGCCCAGGGACUUUUGCUAUGACGACAUCAAGGCGGAUAACAAGCGCUUCCUCUCCAUGGGAAAUGGAAUGUUCGACAAUGUUGUCAUGAGCAAACGCUAUGCGAUCAGCUUUGAUUCAUUGCUGCUGGAGGCGGAGGCCCGAGCUGCAGCGGCUGGAAAGCCAGCAUAUAUACACGUUGUGGGCUUUGGUCUCGGCGUUUGGAAGAUCACCCAACGGCAGGAGGAAAUCUUUUACGAAACCUUUGAGCAACGUUUGCGUGCACUUGGCCCUCGUCUUCUGCACAUUGGCGUCGUGCAUUUCUCUUGGUUCCAUUUGGACACCUGGUGUGGCAUCUAUGAUGGCGCCAUCAUAGAGCAACCAAUGCAUCCUCAAGGUGGCAUUCGGGUGCGCAUCUCUACACGCAAUCCAGCUGAUAAGUUGACAGAGAAUAUGCUGCCCAUUGUCACUUAUGCCUGGGAUGGGAAUGCUCUGCCAGGCAACGAGUUCUGGGCGGGUAUGCUGGUCAGUACUGGAGAUCCGGCUGCUGCUUGCUCCACAUUGAUUACCGAACUGCAGAAUUCUCACAUCAACAAGGAUUACAUGAGUGGCAACAAUCUCCACAUUGCUUCAAUGCAACACGGCGUACUCCACAUUGCCGACUAUGCAAAGACUCUCCUCUCUCGAUCCUAGACAAAACGCCAAGACCAUAUACAUAUAUACUCUAUAUGAUCAAAUUGUAAUUUCUUAUUUUGGUUUAUUUACCUGCCAUUAUUGUACUUGUGUAAUUUACGCUUACAGCGAUUUUUCGAACUGUGUAUUUUUUAUGCGUGAUAAAGUUAAACUUUUUGUAAUUUUAAUACUUAAACUUAUUGAAACUGCUUUUUGAAA